CCUAGUUCCUGUGGGCAGCACUUGACGUGCCUGAACCCUCUCUUUUCUGCAAUUCAAGGGAAAGACGAGAUCUUGCACAAGGUACCCUGUGUCUGCCCUCCGCCAGGGAAGGCAGGCAUGGAGCCUCUCUGGCUGCUCAUCCUGCUCGCCAUCACAGAGCUGUCCGGAGCCCACAACACGACGGUGUUCCAGGGCAUGGCAGGCCGGUCCCUGCAGGUCUCCUGCCCCUACAACUCCUUGAAGCACUGGGGAAGACGCAAAGCCUGGUGCCGCCAGCUGGAUGCAGGGGGCCCGUGCCAGCGGGUCGUUAGCACCCACCGCUCAUGGAUACUGUCCUUCCUAACAAGGCGGAAUGGGAGCACAGCCAUCGUGGACGACGCCCUGGGUGGCACUCUCACCAUCACGCUGCGGAACCUUCAAGCCCAUGACGCUGGCCUCUACCAGUGCCAGAGUCUGUACGGGGAUGAGGCCGACACCCUCAGGAAGGUCCUGGUGGAGGUGCUGGCUGACCCCCUUGAUCACUUGGACCCUGGAGAGCUCUGGAUCCCCAAAGAGUCCAAAGGCUUCAAGGACAUCCAUGUGGAGCCCAGCAUCGCCAGGAGUCUCUCCAAAGAGGACAUGCCCUUCCCACCCACUUCCAUCCUUCUCCUCCUGGCCUGCAUCUUUCUCAGCAAGUUUCUAGCAGCCAGUGCCCUCUGGGCUGUGGCCUGGCGUGGGCAGAAACUGGGGACACCCUCGGCCAGUGAGCCGGACUGUGGCCACGACCCAGGUUGCCAGCUCCAGACCCUAACAGAGUGGAGAGACACAUGAGAGAAGAGGACCCCUGAUGGGACGAGGCCCAGAAGAGGCCUGCUGGAACCACCCCAGCCUGCACACUGGUCCCUCGGCCACCAACACUCCUGGUUCUGCUUUGGCAAAAGGCCAGACUGCCCAUCCUCUGCUUCCCCUGGUCUUGGAAACAGAAGGGUGUGUGUGGGGGGGGGGGGGGGGAGAACAUUUGUCAACUUCUAUA